CCCUCCCUCCCCCUCUCCCUCUCCGGCCGGGCUGGCGAUUGCAGCAGCAGCAGGAGUCGCUCCGCCUGAGGCGCGCCUGGCGAGGGGAGCCCUUUUGCAGGCGACGAAGGUGCAGCCGCAGCCGGCCGGGAGGGGGACGGCUGUGGCGGGGAAGCGAGGAGGGUCGCCUCGCGAGGAAGCCGCUUCUGGGGCCGGGCGAGGGCAGCCGGGCGAGGUUUGCACCAUGAGCACCACGGGCAUGCGGUACAAAAGCAAGCUGCCCAACCCAGAAGAAAAACAGGACCAUGAAAAGCAGUAUGUGGGGUUUGCAACGCUGCCCAACCAGGUGCACCGGAAAUCCGUGAAGAAGGGCUUUGAUUUCACUCUCAUGGUGGCAGGCGAGUCGGGUCUGGGCAAAUCUACACUGGUGAACAGCUUGUUCCUGACAGACCUCUACAAAGACCGGAAGCUUCUCAAUGCAGAGGAAAGAAUCAGUCAGACAGUAGAGAUUGUGAAACACACAGUGGACAUUGAAGAAAAGGGGGUGAAGCUGAAGCUAACAAUAGUGGACACUCCAGGUUUCGGAGAUGCUGUUAACAAUAAGGAGUGUUGGAAGCCGAUCACCGAUUACAUCGACCAGCAGUUCGAACAGUACUUCCGAGACGAGAGCGGCCUCAAUCGGAAGAACAUCCAGGACAACCGAGUCCACUGCUGCUUGUACUUCAUCUCUCCGUUUGGCCACGGGCUGAGGCCGGUGGAUGUGGAGUUCAUGAAGGCUCUUCACGAGAAAGUCAAUAUCGUGCCCCUUAUUGCCAAAGCCGACUGCCUCAUCCCUUCGGAGAUCAAGAAACUAAAAGAGCGGAUCCGGGAAGAGAUUGACAAGUUUGGAAUCAAAGUUUACCAGUUUCCAGAGUGUGACUCGGAUGAAGAUGAUGAGUUCAAGCAACAAGACCGGGAGCUAAAGGAAAGUGCUCCUUUUGCAGUCAUUGGCAGUAAUACGGUGGUGGAAGCCAAAGGCCAGAGAGUACGAGGGCGGCUCUAUCCCUGGGGCAUUGUGGAAGUGGAAAACCAAGCACACUGUGACUUCGUGAAGCUGCGGAACAUGUUGAUCCGGACGCACAUGCACGAUUUGAAGGAUGUAACUUGCGACGUUCACUAUGAGAACUACAGAGCGCAGUGCAUACAGCAGAUGACCAGCCCUGGAGAAGUAGAUCAAUGCAAGCUGACUCAGGACAACAGGAUAGAGAGCCCCAUUCCGAUUCUGCCUCUACCUACACCAGACGCUGAAACAGAGAAGUUGAUCAAAAUGAAGGACGAAGAGUUGCGAAGAAUGCAGGAGAUGCUGCAGAAAAUGCAGCAACAGAUGCAAGACCAAUGAGAGGAAGCAGGCUGGGAGGGCAAAGGGAAUCCGGCUCGCCACCCCCAGCAGGUCAGCGGAAAUCGUGGACGCCCUAGGAAGGACUUUCCCCUGUGCGCAAGGACUUGUGCGCAGGAGCGGCAACCUCUCUCAUUCAAUAGCAGCACCCUCUGCCAGCGGGUUGCCCGAGAGGUGGACGGGAAAAGAGGUCAGGCCACCGAAAGCCCCAUCCCACAUUCAGGAUACAACCUCAAAGGCACCCGGCUAUUCUAUUUCUCUCUCCUUUUCUAAAAAAGAAAAAAAACCCAUCCAUUUCUCACUCUCUCCCCAGAUGUACUCUAAGUCUUGUUUAGGGAACUCCUUGGUAUUUUAAAGUCACGGUUUCUAUGGCUAAUGAAGUUGAGGACUCUGUAAAUUCACGUACUUGUUUACUCUUAACCAAGGUGCUGUAUUCCUCCUCCUCCUGCCCUUCCCCCCACCCCAGCUCCCCAUUUAUCCACCACCUCUCUAAGUGGAUGCAAGGCCAACGAUGGCUUGGAACCCAGUGUUCACAAGACAGUUCCGGUGUCACCUGUCACCUGGGAGACUCUGUAGUUUUCCUACCUCUUUGGAGUGGACAAGCAGAAAGGUGUGUAGAUCCUCAAGUAAAUGCUGGUUGGAUUUGGAAGGAGGUUUCCAAAGAUUCUCAGAAACAUUCCAAACUGGGUUUUUUUUCCUACUAAGAAACUCAAGGCUCUUUUGCACUUGGGGGCAGGAAGCAGGCAGCUGUUACCACGAAACAACUCCUGCUGUCCCUGUUCUAGGUGGAAUUGGCUACCACAGAAUGGCGUGUUACUAUUAGUAAGGAAGGAAUAGCUCAGAAUUUGUGCCAUUCCAUCGUGCUGGUCUGUGUUCACUCUCUUGCCAAACACAGCAUAGAUUGGAUUCCCGGGGGAAAUUAUGAAUGGAUUUGCUGCUGAGUGAAUAUCCCUGGUGCACUUUUCAAAGGAACAGUUUUGGAUCUUCUUUAGGGCUGUCACUGAAUUCCACCCGGAGUACCCACAGCAGCAAGUUGAGUAGUUCUGCUAGCCUCAGGUUGCACUUUGUAAGUGGGUUGAAGAAAAUUGCAUUGCUUCAGUCAAGCCCACUGGUGCAAACAUUUAUUGUGGGAAUGUUUGGUGUGGGUUUUUUUGUUGCUCUUGGCUCUGAGUCAGGCUGUGUCAUGGAUUUUGUAGUUUAAGGUUGUGUGCACAUGUGUUAGCUUUACCAACUACAAAAUCCAUGAUGCAGUUCGACUCUGGGCAAAACAACAUGCGAGAAUCACAUUUCUUCAUGCAGACGAUCACACAGUCCACAACAUAGCAGUGAGGUGGGAAGCAAAAUACACCUGCAGAAAACACCCAGGGACCGCAACUGAAGUGUGCAAUUGUAGAUAUUGGAAGUAUUGCUAUACAAGCAAAAGCUGUUGAAAACUGGCAGGGAAGAGAUUUUGAAAAUAUUUGUAAGGGGCAAUUCUUUCUGGGCAUGCCCCCUGUCCUCCUGUUGCCAGGGACCGUUUCUAUCUUGCAUAACAUUUUACACACAGAAAACUCAAAUUGCUGUGUGCAGUUCAGUUGCAACUUGUGCGCAUGUUCCUGUUUUAUAUCGACAGCUCCAUAUAUGGCCUUAUUCUAAGGGUGUUUUAAAACAGAACUUGGGCAUUUCUAGAAGAAAUGCUGUAGGGUUGUUAAGUGAGAUAUAGGGAAUGAGAGACAAGUGGAAAAUGAUUAAUGGCCAUCAGAGAGGGAGGAGUCUACAGGGCAUAGCAGUCGCUUCCUUGGAUAGACUGGAUUUUAUAGAUUGUGCCCACAUAGUUUCAAGCCAGCUUUGCUCCAGGGCUUGUAAUACGUUGUUUCCUUUUCUUGACUUGAAGCAAAGGAUCUCAGGGUUCCAAGUUCUUUUGUCCAGGCUUAUCCGGUACUUCUGUUGGGAUGCAGCCUGAAAGGAUUGAGGAGAACCAGACAGCAUCUGACGGCCUAACCGCAUCCUGCAUUACAAAUUCCAUGCCUGCUCCAGCAUGGUGCAGUGGUUAAGAGCAGGUGGAUUCUAAUCUGGAGAACUGGGUUUGAUUCCCCACUCCUCCACCUGAGUGGCGGGGCUUAUCUGGUGUGACAUUCCUGCUGGGUGACCUUGG